UUCAGUACUUAUUAACCAACAUGUGAGUGAAGCUUCAUCUGGUAUCCUGCUACCAAAAUGACUGCGCAAAAACUAAAAUGCUGGUUUAGCAUGACAUUGACAAGGAGUCAAUGGCCAGGUGGCUUCUAUUUGUGAAAAUGUUGUUUUUACAUUGCCUAUGUUCAAACUGCUGCCUUGCAACAGGUGAAAUGGCCUGGUGGUAAGAGAUUCGAUAACAAAUUUGUGGAGAUGCUUAAGAAGUAUGGAUACAAAGGUUCAUAUUUGUCAAAAGAUUGGUUGAAACAGCAUGCAUUUAUCCAGUCAUUUGCUCCAACAUCGCUUAUUUUUGUCUCAAACCAAACAGAUCUGCCCAAAAUCUUGUUAAUUGAUGACAUUACAGUACCAACCCAGGACACAAAUCAGGAUUACGUAGUGGGAAUCGGACCUUGGAAGGAUACAAUCAUUCCUGUUGUGAAUAACUAUUUGCAAACACCUACUGAUCUUGUCGCCAGAGCGCAUGCCUCCAACCUACAGGUUCACCCAUACACUUUUCGGGAUGAGAAUGUGUUCUUACACUUCGACUUUCAUCAAGACCCAUAUAAUGAAUAUGAGUACUGGGUAAACAAGAUGGGAGUGGAUGGACUCUUUACAGACUUCACCGGUAGUCUCCAUCAGUUUCAGGAAUGGAACUCCCCUUUCUCUUGUAAAGAUGAUGAUGCGGCAUCAACACUGUUGCAUGAGAUUGCACGGUUGAUUUCUAAGUAUGGAAAGAAAUGAAAUGGUUGAUUGUAUCAAUUAUUAUUUUAAUUGUUACACAUUAAAUUUCAAUUGUAUCUGUUAUAAAGAAUAACGUUAAUAAAUUUCUGUUCAUUCCCGUC